UCUGUCCGUGAUGAUGUCUUGUACAAUUUUGUCUGUUAAGUAACAGUUUCCCCUUCCUAUAAUAUGUUUUUGUGGGUUCCCCAUACUGUCCGAGGCACAGCUGCUAACCUCCUUAGCUGCUAAGGUUGCAGAUAAGUUAGGUAACUUCACACAAAGAGCCUACGCCUAAGUUACCUAACCGUUUGUCGUUUAUGUUAGUUUCCACAUUUAGCUAGUAAACGUGACCUCCAUUCGCCAGUAUGUUUGAAGUUUUUUUCAACAAAUAUCUAACUACAUUUGUUGAUAUUUCUGCGCUUGAAGAAAACUGCUUUAGCUAGCAGAGUUAACUUAAGGUUAGCUAGCUUUUUGCUGUUAGCCUUAAAGCUAACUUUGACUAUCGGAUGGAUGUUGUAACGUUAGUUGCUUAGCUGUUUGCGUCAGUUUUUAUUUUAAAGCUUAUUGCAACAUUUCAGCCACACGUUAAUCGAAGGUGAAGGGAUUCGUGUGCUUUUCAUUUGUCUUGUCUUAAUCGGGACAAACUCUGCCACCGAAUUUGACAGUAUGUACUGCAGUCAUGAGCGUUAACGUUAUGUAACGGUCUGGUUGUCAGACGAGAGAUCCUGCGAUGAAAAUACAAUGAUCCGUCUAUUUUCCCUGUAUUUUUGUUUAUCAGACAGUAAUAAGAGUGUAACAAUGGGCGGAACAUUUUUGUCCAUUUCCAGAAGUGUCUAGAUAGCUAAAUCUAUGAUGGUUAUAGUCCGCGCUGUGCGGAGUGGGCGUCCCUCCUCCUACCAGUCUAUGGCAGUGCGAAUAUUAUGCCACCCAUGGGAGACGGUGACCAAGGCGGCGAUGCAGAAGUACCCCAACCCCAUGAAUCCCAGUGUGUUUGGUGUGGAUGUUCUGGACAGAAGUGUGGACACAAAGGGACGGUUACACAGCACCAGACUGCUCAGCACAGAGUGGGGGCUCCCCGCCAUGGCCAAGUCUAUCAUCGGAGUAACAAGAACAUGCACUUAUGUUCAGGAACAUUCAGUGGUAGACCCCAAAGAGAAGACCUUUGAGCUGAAAUCUACAAAUAUCUCCUUCACUAACCUGGUAUCCGUGGACGAGAAGUUGACAUACAAACCACAUCCGCAGGAUCCUGAAAAGACGGUGCUGACACAGGAGGCUCUGAUCAGUGUGAAAGGUAUCAGUCUGAGUAGCUACCUCGAGGGUCUCAUGGCCAAGACCAUCUCUAUCAACGCUGGAAAGGGUCGGGAGGCGAUGGAGUGGGUCAUCAGACAAUUAAACACAGAAAUCGAGGAGUUGGCGGCGACUGCUCGUGGUACUAUACGCGUUCCCAUGGCAGCAGCUGUUGCAGACAAAUGAUCCGGCCUUCCCCGCUGCUUAGUCCACCAUCAUGAACCGACGGACCUCUCAUACAUUUCCUCCCACCGAAUCUGCAAGCAUAGCCCAAUAACCACAGCCCCAUCCUUUGGCCCUACGUUUGUUUGUUUGUGUAUGUCACAAGAACUCGCUGUUCGUCCCUCCUCAGCAGUCUGCGCCGUCGAGUUUGGUACUCGCCGCUGUGGGCAGUGACGGGGAGUGUUGAGCUGAUGACAGUUUAAAAAGCAAACAGGGUUGAAUUGGACUGCACUUGAAGCUCAUAGGACGUAGUCUUGUGAUGUUAAAGCUCUUUUUUUUAUUUUUUUUUAUUCACACUGUGCCUCCACAUCAUCUCAUCAAUUGUCUUUCUCCCCUUCAUCUUAAACUUUUCAUCUCUCUCCAAUGUUCUCGUCUUAUUGUUUGAAAAUCCUCGUAAACAAGUUGAGCACUGAUAACAGCUGAAAUUAACUCACUUGAAGUCUUUUUACUAACUUUUUCUGGAUUGGCUGACCUUGCUUUGUACAGCAGAACUUACCAAAAUAUCUCUAAACCAAAAAAACCCAGCAUUGCAAACAGGCUGUAACAAAAUAUAAAAGUAACUGAAAUUGUAAGUUACACACUGCAUCAUCUGUCUGUCUUGUGAUAUCAAAGGUCAGAUACUGAGCAAGCUGUCUUGUUGGGGUGCCCCCCCCCGUGCACUUUUUUUCUCUCAGACGGAUGUGCAGCGAGCUGGAGUCUGAACAGUUUGUUUUGUAGUAAAGACCGUUGCAGCUCAGAGGAAGCAGAGCUGAGUGCAGAUUAAGUGGCCAGACAGGAAAGCCAGUGUGUGGGGUGUACUUGCAUGGUGUUAUAACACAAAUGGUACUUGUCCAGGUUUGGUACAGCAUUUUGAAAGUCUUGUGCCAUCAGGUGGAAGUCUACCAGUUUUCUGAGUAAGUGUGUAUAAUCCAGAAUACUUGUAGGUGCAGGGGUCCAAAGCAGGUGGUGCUGAUAAGGUUUUUUACAACGAUGAAGACGGCUUGUUAUUUGUCGAAAGUCUCAAAGCCUUGUACCUUUGAUGCAGGUCUGUGUGCUGAAGAUGUCAGCAUGGUGGACUGGUCUUCAGAUGCUCUAGUCUCUCAUGGUCAUUCUGGUCUUGUUCUGGGUACAAAUGACUUGGUUUCUUUAAGUCUCACUUGUCUUUGUUAGUAUUUUCUCUCACACUGAUGAUGUGCUGUAUAGUUAAGUGUUACAGUAUAAGAAUGUGCAUACUUGAAUGUCUGUUGAACUUAUUUUCAGCAUGUGUACUUAAAUACACUGCCACUAAAGUGGCAGGCAUCCUUUAAAAGUGCAGAGCUGCAAAGUGAGUGUAUGAGCACUGAGCAACACGUUGGCAUUCACCACAGUGUUUAAUGUGUUGUGAACGUUCACCAGUGUUGUAGGAGGAGCUCAACAGGGUUAUGUUCAGGAUCACUGAGUGUGCCAUCAAUAAAUGUAAAGACUGAAAUAACUUCGCUGACUUAAUACCCCAAAACACUUAUUUAUAAAUAUGAACAAAAGCACUCUGUACUUCAUAGUGUCUAUAGAUGGUGUUAUUUAUAGUAUAUUUGUAUUAGUGAACAUUGAAGAAGGCUGUUAAAUUGAUCGAUUUUAAAAGCUGUUAGCUUGUGGUGUUUUUAUACUACAUUUCCCUUUCGUAUGUCAUAGCUGACUCUCAGGUGCUACAUAGUUGACCUUUGUUCAGUUUCCCUGUUUGCUUCUUUCAUAAAGACCACAUUAAGAUGAAGGCAACAUUAUAACCCAUGUACUUCUCUUCUUCUCUUUAGAAAUGUUAAUAAAGACAGUUCUACAAAUUAAAGUUUACAUUAAAGGGGUUAGUAGUACAACUAAAGCUAUUUUAGGGAUACAACAUACAUUAAUGGGGCUCAGCAUCACGUCUUCCAGGAUGCUCCAUAAUCAGUAUCUUGCUCAACUGUCGUGGUUUCAGUUGGUUCAGUAGAUGUCUUUGUAUCUACAGUAUGUCAGUCUGUUUCACACCUGCUUCCAUUUCAGCUGAGCUUCUUUCUAAAAGCUUGCUCAUAAUUAACUAACUGUUGUUCCAUCUCCUCAUGCAUUGUUCAGCUCAGGAUCAUUCUGUUUGAAGUCUGGUCUGGCCUAACUGAUCAAUCAGCCAGUCAGGAUCCACACAAUGUCUCCUCUCAUGAAUGAAGUGUGAUAUUAUUAUUAUUAUUAUUACUAUUAUUAUUAUUAUUAUUAUUUGUUUUAUAUGGGCAACAUUUUAGGAACAGUGGCUGUAUAGGCUUAUAUUUAUAUUUUGGUGGUGUUACAUUCCAAGAAUGUGAACAUGUAACAGAAUCUAAAGAGUGCACACUGAAAUAUUUCAAAAUAAAGAGAUGUCAUUGUUUCGUGAAAAUGGUGGUGAAGUGUUCAGUAAAAUGUCUAAACUUCCA